UCAAAGAAAAUGGAACCUAUAGCGUGGCUUUCACAAUGUAAAUUUGGAGCAAAUGACUUCCAUGAGAUAUACCCGAAGGUAUAUCUUGGCUCAAAGCAUGUUUCUAAAAGUGAAAAUAAGCUAGAGGAGCUAGGGAUUACUCAUAUAUUGUCAAUUGGUCACGAGUUUUGAGAAAUGUUCAGAGGAAAAUUUGACUACAAAAUCAUCAAAGUUGGCGAUGGGGCCUAUGAUGAUAUUAAGCAGUACUUUAAUGAAGGAACUCAAUACAUUGAAACCUCAAUCCAGAAUGGUGGGACUAUUUUAGUCCAUUGUGCAGCUGGUAGAAGUAGAUCAGGAGCAAUGAUGACUGCUUAUUCCAUGCUCAGGGACAAGAUCAAACUAGAGGAUGCUCUUAACCUAGUCAAGAGUAAGAGGCCCAAGGUUGAUCCGAAUUGGGGCUUUUUAAAACAACUCAAAGAGUUUGAGGAGGAACUUGAUACUCCGACUUACGAUGUUUAAUAUACCUUC